CUCCCGCUCUCUUUCUCUUUGUUUGCCAUGAAUGUUCGGACGGUGUUAAGAUUAUGGCUACUGUAUGCAGUGUUGCUAUUUGAUAGUCAAAGAUAUUCAGUCAAUGCACAGGGUGGUGGUGUAAUAGGAGGCGCAGGGAUUUUGGUUCAGAGAGCCGCGUUCUGUUUUAACAAUAACCUGCUCUACAGAGGGUGCAGUGAGGCGUUCAGACUAAACGCAGGAGGUGAAUUCAAGGUUCCACCAGAGGAAACAGACAAGUUCUGCAACGGUCCUUGUUCCGCGGAGACAGAACUUGUACUUACAUGCAUCAAUAGCGUCAUGUCUGAUUUUGUUUUUUACAAUCGGGCUACCCCAAGAGAUAUUAGGAACACCCUCCGUGGUGGCUGCAGUUCAUCUUUCACACGAGGGAACUUCAAUGUGGGAGACUAUGCUCAGGGACUCUAUUUUGGCAAGGCCGGGAAAAAGCUGCCUGGAUUGUUCAUUGGACUAGUUCUCGGGUUUGUACCGUUGAUCCUGUGAAGCUACUCACAAACCAUA